AUGAGUGAAAUUAAAACUACAGUUACCUAUGAUCCGGAACUUACUGCACAAGUGAAAGAAGCACUGCGGAUACAGGCGGAACAACGUAUUAUAGCUCAACAACAGAAGAUAUUGGAGAAUCAACCUUUUGUGCAGGACGGUCAGCCUUUGAUGCCGAAGAAUUAUGACCCCUUUUACAGUCCGAUUUUGUUGAAAAUCGACAAAAUAGUUGAACAGCUUGGAGUGACCGAUGACCUGUGCAAGGAACGUUUAGUUUGCAGCAUGUACAAGGAUCCGGAUCGUUACAGUCCGCACAGUAACUUCGUUUCAGCAGAACUGAGUCGCGAUUCUAAUGAAUUGGAGCCAGUGACUAAGACAAACGAGGCAGUGAUCCGCUUCUAUCGGCUAAUACAAGCUGCACGCGAUGGUCAGGAUCAAAGAGAUUGUCUACGCCUAUAUCCGCAAUGUAACAUAAAUACGAAGUGAAAAAGGAUGUUUCCAUUAUAAAUGAAUUAAGCAGUAAAAGCCAAAUUAACGAACUGAGCAAUCAAAUCAUCUGCAGAAAGUCAGAAAGUCAAAAAGUUAAGCGAAACAAAAUUUUGCUUUAAUCUAUGAAAAUUUCUGGUAAAAUCAGUGUAAAUUUUUUUUUACCAGAAAUCGAAGUCAUUUUAUU